CGUGCAGAAACAUGCUUUCGAUAAGGUCUCCAUUGCUCGAAGAGUACUUCCAGCUCUUUCUGUGAUCCCAAUGGCCCCAGGAUCUUGAAACCCCAAACCAGAAUGCACGCUGUGUGCUUUCUAUGCUCCACGACGCAUUGUCAGCUGUCCCGAGACAGAAAGAGGUAAGUUAUCACUCUUGUCAAGAGCGGGUGCAUCAACUUGAGUACACGUCCGUGAGGGCAUGGACGUGUAUAGGUGGACUGAUGGCUGUAUGCCGAGACUCACUGUCGGCCUCUUGCGAGGGGAUCUACAUUCAUGGUGAGGGUGUGUGCAUGUGCUCAAACUGUCUGUGUUCUCAAACGGCCGCAAUACUGAAAGUUCAGACUCUCUAAAACACACGAAACUGGAAGUGACGUAGUUGGCAUGCAACCAUGUAAACAGCUUCGAUUCAGGAGUCCUCUACUAUAGCAAGGUCUUGUUCUCCGUGGAGACCGCAGUUCUUCAUGUAAAGUGGGCAGAACAUGUCUGGAAACCUUUCAGUCGUGGCUUUUGAAGGAGAACUCAAUACAAUAGUUAAAGAAUAUUUGGACUUUGGAGGCUUUGACAGCACUCUGAAUGCAUUUGAAAAGGAAUGCAAGGAAAAGAAUAAGGCCAUUGACAUCCUUGACAAGAGGGCCCAUGGAGAUGAGAAGCUACUUGCUGUGCAGAAUCAGAUGAUGGAGUUUUUCCAUGAGGGCAGAAGUGACUUCUUUUUCAACCUUUGGCAAGACCAUCUUCCACAGGCAUUACGGGACACAGAUAGUGUGGCUCAGAAACUGGAGUUUUAUUUGAACAUAUACUUUGCUGCCUAUCCCAUCAAAUAUAACCAGCCACAGAAUGAGACAGAAGCAGCAAUGUCCAAGUUCAAGAAAUUUAUUGAGACUCGGGGAUCAAAUCUCAGUCAGACAACAGAGUUCCUUCCAUACUAUGCCCUUCCCUUUGUUACCAACCCAAAGACACAUCCCUCAUAUAGAGAAAUCUUUGCUGAGGGCUGGUCUAAAGAUCUGGCAGUUAGAGUUGAGAAAUUCCUGACACUGGCCCUGAAGUCUACCACGCAGCCUCGCUUGUUUGACCUUUAUCGUGGUACACAAACUGAUUUCAAAGGAAACCAGCAACAAAUCUUAUUGUUGCAGCAACAACUGAAUGAUGCAGAAAGAAAAACACUUACCUAUAUUCGCCGUCACAACAAAGUUCAGGCAGACUAUCAUGGCCUGAUAGGAAUCACUGCUGACCUUGUUGAUGCUCUAGAAUCUACAGUUCAAGGCAAACCGGUUGCUGACAAAAUCACACCAGAAUAUCUUCAGCAGCUGUGUACUCGCCUUUUUGCAUCCCACAUCAGCGCUUCUGUGGAUCUGACUCGACCUGGGACAGCAGGUGAAGCCCUGAGAGCCUCUGUGGCGCCAAAAAGAUCAGGACAGCUGGAUGCUGAGGCCCACAUUAACCUCGACUAUGCCAAGAUCAAGGCUGACCUUCAGAGCGCAGAUGACCGUAGGAUAGCUCUCAUUCUUCAGGCUCUGCGUUGGCGACUGACACAGUCCAGUCCAGAAAGACGAGAUAGGAUCAUUCGAGAGUAUGUGCAGCAUGAUAUCCUAGGCUGCUCAGCUACAGGCCCAUACAGGGAGAGAAUAAUGCAGAUGUUGAAGACAAGCAGUGAGGCAGUCAAGCAGUACCUGGCACGUCUCUACAACGCCCUGGCCUCCCUGUGUUAUGGUCGGGGCUACUUGGCCAUGAACCCUGACCUGUUACCUGCUUUGAUGGACAUUCUUCGUGGUGGGGAACACCGUGACCUGGUAGCUCAGGAGAUGGUGCUGGGUGCCUUGCAGAAACUCAGCCUAAGACGACAGCUGCAGUCAGCCAUGAUAGAGCGUGGUGUGGUGGAAUGGCUGGUGGGAGUUUUGGAAGAUAAUGAUGCCCUUUCAGACUAUACCUUGGAGUACUCUGUUGCCCUGCUUAUGAACCUUUGCCUUCGUACUGCAGGGAAGAAGAGAUGUGCAGCCCAUGCUCACCAGACCCUCCAGAUUCUGAGUGAUUUGCUGGGGCAUGACAACCAGGAGAUACGACCGUAUGUCAAUGGAGCUCUCUACAGCAUUCUGGCCAUCCCCUCCAUUCGAGAGGAGGCCAAAGCAAUGGGCAUGGAAGAGAUUUUGCGAUGCUUCAUCAAAGAUGAUCAGCCAGAUAUGAACCGUCAGAUAGAGUUUAUCAUCAAACAGCUCAACUCCAAUGAGAAUGGAGAAGAAUAUGAAUCAGAUGACGAAGAUGAUGAUGAAGAAGACGAAGAAGACCAAGAUGCUCUAGAAGCAGACCUGGACAAGGAAGAACUGCUGCGUGCACAGGCAGGUGAACUUGGUGGAGAGCUUCUCCUAACCACCCACUACCCACUAAUAGCACCCCCAGACUCCUCAAAGGGCAAGAGAAAGCCAGGGGAUAUUCAUCAGGAUCAUCCCUUACAAAGACCAGUGACACCUGGUCAGCGCCGAGGUGCCUUUGAUGUGAGAAGUGCUAACCCCUCCAGGCCCAGUUCUGUAACAGACUUUCGUGCUUUGACACCAGGAACUGCACGGUCUGAUGGAGUCACCAAAGAGAUGGUCCGCCCACCAACACGCAGUGGUUCCAGACCAACAUCUCAGGAUUCUGCUAACAGAGCACUGUCUGGUGUGAGACCAUCAAGCCAACACAAUGAUCGGGCUGUCAGACCCUCCACAAGGGCCAUGGAAAAAAUGGGAUCUGAUGUCAACCUCAAUGAAUAUAAGCAAGCAUUUGGAUCUAAACCACGAAUUCCACGCACACCCGACACCAACGGUCCCAGCCGAUCAGCAACUCGUGGCUCUUUGAAGGAGAUGCUGCUCCAGCCACAGUACUCACAAUCUGGCCCUCGUCCCAGUUCUGCAGGAAAAUCAGGUCCUGCGAGUCCACACAAAAAGUCAACAACAAAUAGCAGCAAACCUUAGAUACCAUGUGACAGAACUGUCAUGUGGACUGCCCCUGUCCUGAGAGGAUGAAAGGACCUCCAUUGCUUGUUGGUUUGUGUUAAAGGACUAGUAGGAUGAUAAUUGUCUUCUGAUGCUUGGGGGAAACUCCAUGCCAGAUACUAUUCCUCAAAUCUGGGUGAAUAGACUGACAUUUGUUUUUCUGGAGAUGCAUGCCUACACACAUGAUGCGCAGAAAGAGGUCAAAAUUAUGUCACGUUUGUACACAGGUAUGCCUAAUCAACAAAUAUUCCAGUUUGCACAUUGACUGAGGCCUUCAGAAUGUACACAUGUCCAUGUACAAUCCUGACAUCUGUGCAUGCUGAUCUUUGUAGGUUAGUAUCUCAAGAAUGGAGGCUUAACUUUCACAUUGAUUGCACUGACUUUACCCAAUCAUGAGGAAAAAACUUUGCACUCCAUUAGUCCUUUAACACUGGUAGCUCAUUUUGGACUUCUCAGUUUUUCAAAUUGCACAUAAGUGAUUCUUGUGAACUGUGCUGUUACUGGUUCUGAAGCAUGACUCUGUGACAUCUGACCCCAUUGAUUAAUAUAUUGUGGUGUUUUGUUACUCUCUGUCAUGGAGCCAGUGAUGUUAAUUAGACGGAUAUGAGUAGAGAGAACAAAUAGAAAUGAGGAACUGGUGGAGAGAGAACUUAAGCUCAGCACAUAGACAUUGACACACAGACUGACACACAGACACAAAUGUUGACAGACGCAAACAUUGACACAGACUAACAUAGAUACAGACGUUGCCAUAUAUUCAUUGACACAGAGGUGAUGGAUUAAGUUUGGCCUUACAGAGAAUAAAGACAACACAGUUUCUGA